AGGGACGGAGUGUCUGUGAAAGCGGACGGAUCAACAUCGACAAAAACGACUUUCGUAUUUUUUCGUUUUUAUUUCCUUGGUUAAAAUGAAUGAUUCGUUCCUUUAAAAUGUUACAUUCGAACAAUAUUGAACAGAAAUAGAUGGUCACGGCUCUGCAGCAUUCAAGUCCGUACAAAGGCUGCAAUACUUAAGCAACGUUGGUGAUGACAGGGUCGAACAAAUUGCGAACCUAAUUUCCAAGCGCGUCUGUUUCCCCAGUAUACCAUCCUGUAUCAUGACAUGCAGCGGUGUAAUAUUGCGCGGUGACGAGAGUAAAAUAGUGGUAACUUUAUCUGCUGUUUUCAGUUUACCUACAUCUUCACAAAUCCUACUAGGGGAAAUUAAAGUGGAUGGGUUCACUGUCAACGCACGGACAGAUGGAAAAAAGCAGCUUUCUUUUGACUCUUUUGACUACUUUUAGCGGCAUUGUUAGCUCAACAUACGGAACAUGGAAGAGCGGUUUCCAGUCGAAUCUUGUGAACAACAUGGACAAGCCGAACUCUCAGCCUCACAUCAUCUUUAUCAUGGUUGAUGACCAAGGAUUUCGAGACGUAGGGUAUCACGGGUCCGAAAUUAAGACCCCAACGCUGGACAGGCUCGCUGCUGCAGGAGUCAAGCUGGAGAAUUACUAUGUGCAGCCUCUGUGUAGCCCGUCCAGGAGCCAGCUGAUGACCGGCAGAUAUCAAAUCCACACCGGGCUCCAGCAUUCCAUCAUCCGACCCACUCAGCCGAAUUGCCUCCCUUUGGAGAACAUCACUCUUCCUCAGAAACUGAAGAACGCUGGCUAUUCUACGCAUAUGGUGGGGAAGUGGCACCUUGGCUUCUACAAGCGUGCAUGUAUGCCUACGCAGCGUGGGUUUGACACCUUCUUUGGCUCUUUGUUGGGCAGCGGUGACUACUACAGCCAUUACAAAUGUGACAGUCCAGGAUUGUGUGGGUAUGAUCUUCACGAGGGGGAAGAAGCUGCCUGGGAGCAGGACCGUGGCGUCUACUCCACCGUCAUGUAUACGCAGAAGGCUGUGAACAUUCUGGCAUCUCACAACCCUAAACGACCCAUCUUCCUUUAUUUGGCCUACCAGGCUGUGCACUCACCCUUGCAAGUUCCUGCCCGCUACCUCGAACGCUACAAGUCCAUUCCAAACUUGCAUCGGCGCAAGUACGCAGCAAUGGUCAGCUGUUUGGAUGAGGCAGUACGCAAUCUAACUCUUGCCCUCAAGCAGUAUGGCUAUUAUGACAACAUGGUGAUGGUCUAUUCCUCUGACAAUGGAGGCCAACCUAUGGCAGGAGGGAGCAAUUGGCCGCUAAGGGGCAGUAAAGGAAGCUACUGGGAGGGUGGAAUACGAGCGGUUGGGUUUGUACAUAGCCCUUUGUUGGUCAAAAAGGGCACUAAAAGCAAGGCUCUGAUCCAUAUUACUGACUGGUACCCAACACUGGUGAUGCUUGGUGAAGGUACACUUGAUGAGAACCAGAGUCUUGAUGGUUAUGAUGUCUGGGAAGCUAUCAGCGAAGGACGUCCCUCACCUCGACUGGAUAUUCUCCACAACAUAGACCCCAUCUACACGAAAGCCAAGAAUGGCUCCUGGAAAGCAGGCUAUGGAAUUUGGAACACAGCCGUGCAGGCAGCACUUCGUGUAGGUGACUGGAAGCUUUUGACUGGUGUGCCAGGAUAUAGUGACUGGAUUCCACCGCAGAUUUUCUCCACACUGCUGCUGGCCAAUCGUUGGCACAAUGAGCGUGUGAGCUGGGAUCGAGGCAAGUCUGUAUGGCUCUUCAACAUUACAGCCGAUCCAUAUGAGCGUGUGGACCUUUCUCGAAAAUACCCACAUGUGGUGAAGAAGAUGCUCUUCAAGCUUCUACGGUACAGCAAGAGUGCUGUGCCAUGCCGUUACCCUCCCAAAGACUAUCGCUCCAACCCUCAGUAUAAUGGGGGCGUCUGGGGCCCCUGGUACACAGAUGAUGACCAAGAUGAGGAUGAUAACCUUCUCUCAUAUGAUUUAGAACAGAUGAAUAGUUGGAAAAAAGCAAAACGGAGAGGGAAAUUCAAAAGAAAGACCUAAGGUCGACAAAAGUUAAUGCUGGCUCCCAUUUUGACUCUCAUGGUACGCUUAUGAACUCAGGGAUGACUGACUAGCACAGUCCUUUUCACUGAUGUAUGGAUUUACCUCCAAAUUCAAGUGAAUUGUGUUUUUUUUUUUUCAAAACUUUUCUUUUCCAGUUCAAUGUGCAGAGAACUAUAGACUGAUUCCACAUGGCCGCCAUUUUAAAAGCGAAAUCGAGGAUGCGGUGGGAAGAAACCCGGAAGUAUCGCCUAAGUCACUCAGGAACAUUGUGUACCUGGCUGUAUAUCUUAUAAACGAAGAGAAAGUGACACAAAUUUAUAAUUUCACAGCUUUUCACAAGUGACCCGAAGGUCCAUUCUGAAUGGAUAGUGAAAAUAGAAAGGGAUAUCCGACCUCAUUUUCAGAUAUUAAUACUCAGGUUAAUGAACUGAUUCUUUCACUAUAUUAGACUCGUCACGAUACUGAAAUUCGGUACUGAAAUAUUACAAAAACGUCAAUUUCCUGCUAACAUUUAAGCACUGUUGAGCGCGUUCCUAUAAUUACCAUAGAAUUCACCAGUGCUCAACAGAAAUUACUGUGAUUGGCCGUGAAGGUCAUCAGUUCACCACACUUUACCGAUGUUUACCAAGUGCAAACACAUCCGUUGAUAAAUCAACUGAUCUUCACAGCAUGUUGUUGCUAAGUUUACUGUGUUGAUCCUAUACUUCCAGGUUUCUUCCCACCGCAGCCUCGCUUUCGUUUUAUAAAAUGGCGGCCACGUGAAAUAAGCGUAUAGACAAUUUGUUUGUAGAGUGUAAACACUGUGGGACAUUCAAAGCACGGCUGAUGUUUGAAUAGACUGACUUAUCAACUUUUAGAUCAAGCUAUUUUCAGGUCAGGACAACCGGCAUCAAAUAGAAGAAAAGAAUCCAUCAUUUGGUGCUUCUCGAUGUAAUGGAAAAACAUGCUGAUGAAGGAAACCACUUGAAUGACUACUGCAAGUCCAAGAGCUUGAAUUAAAUAUUGAUUUUUUUGUUAUUGUUUUCUAGUUGCUUAAAAAGGUUCAUUGAAACCGGUGCUGUUUGAAGUGAGAAAAGUUCUGUUUUAUGUAUUAUGAAAUGUAGAAUUUAGAACUGUUUUCCUUCAUUAAAUCGUCACUGUUUUGUUUAAUGCUUGCCUGGUCAGACACCAGUUAAACCAACUUGAAUGUAAG